GGAAAGGUUGAAAUCACAGAAGAAGGCAUUAAAUUACUUGAAAAAUUGACGAAAUCAUUGAAUUCUGCUAACACAACAAAUGGUGGAUGCCCCAUAGCUGAAAGUCCAAUGAAAGAAAACAUUUCAACGCCAGAUGAUGGUAAAAGCAAUACAUCUAAGAAAAGGAAACGUGUAGCUACUCCUUCUCCUGAGAGAGUUAAACAACCCAGUUGA